GCGGGCAGCUCCACCAUGUCGGAUAGCGACCUCGGGGAGGACGACAGCGCCACGUCCCCGGACCCCUCGCAGUCCAACAAGAGGAAGAGAAGGGGCAACCUCCCCAAGGAGUCCGUGAAGAUCCUCCGGGACUGGCUGUACGAGCACCGCUUCAAUGCCUACCCCUCCGAGCAGGAGAAGCUCAGCCUCUCGGGGCAGACCAGCCUCUCCGUGCUGCAGAUCUGCAACUGGUUCAUCAACGCCAGGAGGCGGCUGCUCCCCGACAUGCUGCGCAAGGACGGGAAGGACCCCAACCAGUUCACUAUCUCCCGCCGAGGGGGCAAAGCCGGUGACGUGGUGCUGCCGCGCGGGGCUGCUGCCGGCUCUGGGGUGCUGGUGGUACCUCCCGUGACGGCUGCAGGGGCCUCCAAGAUGCUGUCGAUGUCCGUGUGCCCACAGGUACUGUGCCACCCCGCCCAGGCGCUGGGCAGCAACCUGACGGUGGUGAGCGCCCACAGCCCCGAGCGGGAGAAGCCCCCCGGCCCGCAGCGAGCGGAGCCGGACCCUGCCCCCAAAGCGCCGCUGGGUGCCACCGGCAGCACCAUGACCUUGCUGGCCCGGGCCGAGGCGGCCAGCCCCACCAGCGGACUCUUCAACACGCCGCCCCCCACGCCCCCUGAGCUCUUCGGCGAUGACUUCAGCAGCUUCCAGCUGCUGGUGGAGGUGGCGCUGCAGAAGGCGGCCGAGCUGGAGUCGCAGCGGCAGGGUGGGCAGCUGCCCCUCUCGCCUCAGACUGAGCCCCCGGGAGCCUCCGUCUCCAAGUAACCCCCUGGGCCAGGUCCCGCAGGGUGCCCUUCCUUGAGGGGGGUGCCUGACCCUCCCGGCCUCGUGCCACCCAUCUGCCUGCACCCCCUGACCAGCUCACCUCGGAAGCGGACUCCUGCCU